AUGGAUCGUCGCGGCUCGUCGCAGCUCUUUCAUGUAGCAGUCUUGCUGCUCAUCACUGCCGCACCGUUCCCCGCCGUCUCUGGCCGGCGGAGAAUGCAAGACACAUCAGGUACAACGAAACUCGCGGAUUCCGGCACCGCGACCUCCGUCGACGCGACAGCUGGCGCGGCGGCAUCGGACCUCGCGGCGCUGGCGGUGGACGCGAAGACGACGCAGGAGAUUAAAGCCCUCGCGCCGCUGAUGGGCAGCGCGGACCUGGCGGGCGUCGAUAAGCCGCCCAAACGCGCGUCGUACUUAACUAAAGACUCGUUCGCGAAGGCGGUUCGCAUGUGGAUCGCGAAGGUGAAGAGGCGCGUGCAGGCGCUGCAGAAGCAGAUUCGGCAGGCGGGGGGAGGCGGUGGAAACGGGCGAGGAAUGAAAACGGGGAACAGCGCGCGCGGGAACACCACUGCUGUUGACAAAAGUCUGGGCUACACUCCCCCACCCAUCAUGGAUCCCGCCAAGCUGCCCAAUCUCAACACCGUCUCGCGCUACCUCACCGUGGGUCUCACGCUCGACCAAACCACCCAGAAGCUCACGUGGGAUUUCAAACGCAGUGUGGACCACCGGUCGCUGUAUUUGCCUGACGACAAUUUCGACCAGGGCAACUGUGGUUCCUGUUGGGCGUACGCAACAGCGCGGGCGAUUCAGGGAGCGUAUGCUCUCGACGCGGACACAGACUCGUUCCCCAACGGGACCCGGCUGUCGGUGCAGCAGCUGGUGGACUGCACUGGCGCUGCUGCCACGUGCCGGGGUGGGUACCCCGAGGGUGCCCUGCAGUAUGCUGUGAAGAACGGGCUGCAGGAUGAGGAGGGUUAUGCUUACACGGGGGUCAACGCCAAGUGCGGCGCCAAGAAGGACAUGCCCAAGUUCAACAUCAGCAUGUUCGAGCAGGUGCCGCUGCCGGGGCCGCUGGGGCUCAUUCUCGGGCUGCAGCAGCAGCCCGUUAUCGUCACCAUCCGCGCCUCCUCAGAGGACUUCAUAAACUAUGCGGGCGGCGUGUACCAGGGGUGGGGCUGCUACAACCCGCUGGGGUUCAUCUUUGAUAGCGGGAGCCCGGCUGCCACAGCUACAGCCACCAACAACACGGCCCUUCUAGACCACGUGAUGCUGGCCGUGGGGUAUAACUACGAGGCGCCCGGCAGCUGGAAUAACUACUUCAUUCUGAAAAACAGCUGGGGGCCGGACUGGGGCGAGGGCGGGUACAUGAAGAUUAGAAUGGAGAAUGGGCCGUUUGGCACGUGUGGCAUGCUGGUGAACCGCGGGCUGUACCCUGUUGUGAAAGUUCCCCAGACCACCGACCCCUGCAACACGUGCCCCUGUGGGGGCGGCACGUGUGUGGCGGAUGGGAGUGGCAACGGCAAGUACACGUGUCAGUGCACGGACCAGCUAGCACCCGCUGUCAACCGCGACGGCACACCCACCUGCACCGUCGUCGACGUGUGCAGUGUGCUCCCCAACAAUCCAUGUGUCGUGGGGCAGUGCAUCAACAGCGGUGACGGCGGCUACUCGUGCCUCUGCCCGCCCAACUACAAGCCCAGCGUUCUCGCCUCUGGCCAGACCACAUGCGUGCCUGAGAUGGGAACGAGCACAGCAACAGCGGUUCAGGGCACGUACACAGUGCAGGGGGGAGAGACAUGCAGCGCCAUCUACGGUUUCAUUGGCCUCACCCAGGAGCAGUUUCUACAGCAGAAUAAGAAAGUGGAUUGUGAGAAUCUCAAGGCGGGACAGGUGCUCAAUAUCUCCAUCCCCUCCUCUGCGCAAGUCUGCCGCGUUCGCUACUCUGUCACCCAGGCGGAUGCAGCAGCAAAGAGCUGUGAUCCCAUUAAUAAUCGCUUUGGCAUCGACGUAACGACCAUCAACCCCAGCCUCGACUGCUCAAGCCUCACGCCCAACCAGCAGAUCUGCAUUCAGGUUGGCGAUGCCGUGUCAGGAGCAGCGGACUACAACCUGUGCACGAGCUAUCUGCCGGUCAACGAGUGGACCACCUGUGCCAACGCUGUGGAUUGGUACCAAAUCUCGUGGCUCGACCUCUACCGCCUCAACCCCGGCAUCAACUGCGACACACUCACCGCACUCACCGCCUCUGAGAUCUGCAUAGCCGGCACGCCGUUGGGAGCGGUGGCGUGCGGUAAGGCGCGGUCGAAGACGGUGGCGAACCGGCGGUACACGGUGGGGGCGGGGGACAGCUGUGCGUCGCUGGUGGUGGUGCAGUUCCAGCGCCAGCCGCCGCUCGUGGGCGAACUCAACCGCGGCUGGAUGUGCCGCUCCCAGAGCCUCUUCCAAGGCAUGCCCCUCUGCAUCCCCUCCUAA